AUGUUGGGUUCAACUACAAAGAGAAUACUAGUUAAUAGUUCAAAGAGGCUGAUUAGAUAUAACUCGUCUAAUAACAGCAAAAAUGGUAGUGAUGCCGUCAAAUUAAAUUUGAGUGAUCUUUUUAAGAGAAUCGAUCAAGUUUCAGCAAAAGCUGCCGAGUUGAAGAACAAGACCGCAAAUUCGAGAUUAUUUGAAGCUGGAAACAAGAGACCUGGUUGGCAAAAAAAAGAAAAUAAUAAUUUUGCCAAUAGGACCGUCAGAAAUGAUUUCAAUGAAGGAGGACAGCAACAAAUGCCAAGACAACAUCAACAACAGCAACAGCAACAGCAACAAAGAGAAGGAAACUCGGAGACUAACUUUCGUGCUCCAAGAAGCAAUACGAGACCAUCCAGAUUUCCAAAGACAGUUGAAGGGGAAAGGGCACCAGCUGCAAGGUUCAAUAAUAGAGGUAAUAGACCUAGUGGAUUCAAUGAUAGAUCAUUCAAAAGAUCUACUCCUAGAAGAAAUACCAUUGAAGGUAAACCAGAAGUGCGCAAGCCAACAGUAGCCAAACCAAUCAAGUCUAAAGAAUUGACUGCCGUUCCAUUACAACCAAAGGUUAUUGCUGAGGAUUUCUUUUACGGCAAGGUUCCAAGUAUUAAUGCUACUGUUGCUUCUAGAUUAGCCUCCAUUGCCAAAUUAUCAUUAAAUGAUUCGAAAUAUCCGUAUAUGUUGCCAAAAGAUGUUAUUGCCCAAGCAUUUCCAGGGUCAAAGAACAGAUUUAUUUUGCAGCGGACUUGGAAGAUAGACCCAAAGGAAGAUGUCUUAAAAGAAAGAGUGCAGACUAUUGUGUUAGGACAGACUAAGGACUUGGAGUAUAAAGGUAAAAAGACGGAAUUGGCCAGUCGUACUCUUCAUGAUAUUAACAUUAACCCAAAUUUAGACUUAGAACAGAAAGAUACUAUGUUCAAUAUUGUUAAUGGGUUGACAGAUAUCAAAACCAUUUUCAAAGAUGCUCACUGGAAGAAACAAGCAAGUAAAUAG